AUGGGUACUCCAAUGUACAAUCAUCCUGAUUUGCAAAAAAUAAAAACUUGUCCUCAUCGUUGCCUUAAAUGCCCUGCUGGUGGACAUCCCGAUCCGGAUGAGAAAAUUCCAGAUGCCAUUCUUACUUGGGAAGUCUCUGAUGGCCAGUCGGAUGCAGAGCCUGAUGUAAAGCAACCACAACAAGAAUCGAAAACAAAGCAGAAGAAGAACCGCAAAUUCUCCAAUUGGCAAAACAAGAGAGAGGAGCCAAAUUUGGAUCCGGACGCCUUUGACUUUGGCGAUGGAUUUGCUAAUAAGGCGUUCAGAGAGGAAUUUCCGGAGAAUGAACAGGGUACUUCUGACACUAAACAACCAAAAGAGCCAAAAGUUCGUUUCCAAAAAAUUCCCAACACUGACGACUUUUCCAAAUCAAUUACUGAAUAUGUUGGCCAGGAAUUUUUGGAUCAAUUGAAAGCUAAGGGCCUCAUUUAA